AUGGGGCGAGUGAAGGUUGACGGUCAGCAGCUACACCAUCUUGGCUUUGAUGAUGACAUCGUUCUAAUAACGUCUGGCAUCAACCAAGCGGAACGAACGCUGGCUGGAUUUGACAAAACACGUGGAUGCAUUGGUUUUCAGCUGAAUCUGCAAAAGACGAUGUUCAUCCAUGACGAAUGGCUCUCGGAUGCCCCAUUUAACGGAACAACGCUUAAUGGGACAAAUAUAUCCGAAUGGAACAACUGCAUUUAUCUAAGUCAUGAAAUGAACAUGAAGAACGACCUUACCUCCGAGAUGAGCAGGAAGAAACGAGCGCCUUGGGUAGCUUAUAAGAGCAUCGAGGGUGUAGUGAAGAAGACCAGGAACACACGGCUCCGUGUUCACCUCCUCAGCACUACCGUACUUCCUGCUUUGACCUAUGCUUCGGAAACCUGGGCAUUUCGCAAGUAG